AUGUCUUUCAAUACCUUUAUCCAACAUAUUAAAUCGGAAAAAUACCGUCAACUUGGAUUUUGGAAAUCCAGCAAAAACGGUACCCCAUUAAAUCCUCUUUAUUGGUUCCAAUUUGCCGACGACGCGGCUGUUGUUAGCGGCCAAGAAAAAGAAAACCAAAUGCUCCUCAAUCGCUUUACAAUCUGGUGUCAGUGGGCUGAAAUGAUAAUACGUGUAGACAAAUGUUCAACAUUUGGCAUUAGGAAACAAUUAACCAAAUCCAUUCAAUAUCUCCAAAAACUAUUUGUAAAUAACUGUCUUGUACCACGUGUUGAACUUGGUAAAUCAUUUCGCUACUUAGGUCGUUAUUUUGACUUCAACAUGUCCGACGAAGACCACAAAUCUGAAGUAUAUGACACACUUACUAAUAUCCUGAAUGAAAUUGAUGACCUACCAUUAUAUCCGAAAAACAAAAGUCUCUUAUACAGUCGUUAUGAGCUUUCCAAAAUCUCCUGGCACUUCGCUGUUUCUGACAUAGACAAAACCUGGGUCAACGAUAAACUAGAUAGUAUCGCGUCCACGUAUAUCCGAAAAUGGCUUGAACUUCCUAUUUCUGCAACCCUUAUAUCAAUAACGUCCUACUUCCCCACAAUAAUUUUGGAUUAA